GUGUUCCCGGCCCCUCCCAUCCACUUGUCUGUACGUUGGGGCAGAUGCCUCCAGAGCUCAGAAGAAGGGAGGAGAGCGUCAGCAUCACUUGUCUGCUGGAGGACCUGAGCUGGAGAACCUGAGCUCCCGGACCAUGAGCCUCCCCGUACACUGACCCCCCCCCCUAGGACCACGGGACUCGGGACCACCAUGGGCAGCCUGCGUCCCACCUGCUGGGUGCUGCUGGCCAGCCUCACCUUUCUGGUCACCGCCGCCGCCACCUCCUGCCCCGAAUACUGCAGGUGUUACCCCACCUGGAUCCAGUGCCUGGAGCCCAACACCGUCACCAACGUCUCCCUCUUCCACAACGUGGAGAACGUCACCGAACUGGUGAUCGAGAAUCAGAGGGACUUGUUGAACCUAACGAAGGCGGACAUGAAGAACUUCAGAGAGCUAAAAAAUCUGACCAUUUCUAACACCGGACUCAAAUAUAUUUCCAAAGAUGCUUUUGAGAUGAACCCUCGCAUGACUCACAUUAACCUGUCGGCAAAUUCUCUGGUGGCCUUAUCAUGGAAGACCUUCUACCACCUACCUCUUCAAGAGCUGGUCCUGAUGGAAAACCCUUUACAAUGCUCUUGCGAAGUGCGAUGGAUUCAGCUUCGUCGAGAUGAAGGUUGGGCUGACCUUGGCAACCAAACGUUGAGCUGUUUCGAAAACGGUCUAGAGAUCUUCAUAGAAGACGCCAAUAUUUCGCUGUGUGAUCGGCCAGAAGUUUCCAUCAUGGAGCAAAAUCUCACAGUACUUCACGGGGAUAAUCUUACCCUUCAGUGUAAUGUAGUUGGCCAACCGCGACCAACAGCCACCUGGAUUUUGCCAAAAAUCAAACCCCAGUAUGAAAUUGAGCAGUUCGAGGGUCCAGACACAGAUAUGAUCUUCCUCCACCUCCACAACAUCUCCCCAGGCUUCAAUAAGCGGGAUGUCACCUGCUGGGCUGAGAACAUGGCUGGCCCCACCAAGAAAUCCAUUCAGCUGGAUGUCCGCUUCCCAGCAGCCGUGGUAGAGUUAGGGGAAGCAGUCCUCCAGCACCACGUCUGUAUUCCUUUCACGAUAGAUGGGAACCCCGCACCUGAUCUCAGCUGGAAAUUUAAUGGGCAAAUUCUGGACAUGUACGAUUUCCAAUACAUAAAGUUCCUGGAGUACAGAGAAAAUGGUACACUCAUUCAUGGUUGCCUGUAUUUUAAUAAGCCAACGCACGUCAACAAUGGAAACUAUACCCUUCAGGUGUGGAACGAGCUAGGAAGAGACAGCAAAAGUGUGUACAGCACUUUUAUGGACAACCCUUUUGACUUUAAUCCAGAGGAACCUAUCCCAGUGUCGCUGUCUCCCGAGGGUGGGGGGAAUAGCACCUACGGGAAUCCCAUUGAGACUGUGGAAGACAACACAUUCGGGGUCUCGGUGGCUGUGGGACUGGCCGUCUUCGCAUGCUUCUUCCUUCUCCUCCUGCUGAUUGUGCUCAACAAGUGCGGAAGACAUUCCAAGUUUGGAAUAAAUCGAGCGGCUGUGUUGGCGCAAGAAGACGACCUGGCAAUGUCUCUCCAUUUCAUGAAUUUUGGGGCCAGUCCUCUUACAUCUGCUGAAGGAAAGCUGGACGGGGUUAAACCAAACUUUAUUGAGAAUCCGCAAUACUUCUGCGAUGCAUGUGUCCAGCAUAUCAAGAGAAGGGACAUUUUGCCCAAGUGGGAGCUGGGUGAAGGGGCUUUUGGCAAAGUCUACCUGGCCGAAUGCUAUAGCCUGUCUUCAUCAGAACAGGAUAAGACCCUGGUGGCUGUAAAGGCCCUUAAAGAAGCAACGGAGAGCGCGAAACAGGACUUCCAGCGGGAAGCCGAGCUUCUGACUGUCCUACAACACGAGCACAUCGUGAAGUUCUAUGGCGUGUGUACUGAUGGAGAGCCUCUCCUCAUGGUGUUUGAGUACAUGAAACAUGGAGACCUCAACCGUUUCCUCAGAUCCCAUGGACCAGACGCCAAGAUUCUUGAUAACGGCAACGGGCAAAUUUUCGGGCAGCUGAACUUGACUCAGAUGUUGCAGAUCGCCACUCAGAUUGCUUCCGGUAUGGUUUACCUGGCUUCUCUCCAUUUCGUCCAUCGGGAUCUCGCCACCAGGAACUGUCUCGUUGGCAACAAAUUAAUUGUCAAGAUUGGUGAUUUUGGGAUGUCACGUGAUAUCUACAGCACAGAUUACUACAGGGUUGGCGGAAGGACCAUGCUGCCCAUUCGCUGGAUGCCACCUGAGAGCAUCUUGUACCGCAAAUUCACCACAGAAAGUGACAUCUGGAGCUUUGGCGUGGUCCUCUGGGAGAUCUUUACAUGCGGCAAGCAGCCCUGGUACCAACUUUCCAAUACAGAGGCUAUUGAAUGCAUCACCCAAGGGCGAGAACUGGAAAGACCUAGGACAUGCCCCACUGAGUUAUACAACAUUAUGCAAGGAUGCUGGCAGAGAGAACCCCAGCAGAGGCUCAACAUUAAAGAGAUUCACAGCAAGCUACAAGCUCUAGUGAAAGCACCACCAGUUUACCUGGAUAUCCUACAAUAAAACUGGGACAAAAGAAACGAGGACCAAACCACUAGGAGCAAAAGCUUGAACCCUACAAGACCAUUUAUUCUGGAAGUAGCUUUGCUAACAUUUAAAUUCCAUGUACUAAGCCCUUCUACCAAAGGUCAAUCCCUCAUGGGGACUGGACAGAAUGUCUUCAGGAUGUCUUCUAAAUUUUAGGAAGCCCUGAGGCUGAAUCAAGCGUGCACUUGGGAGACAUUGGUCAUAACGUCUUAUAACUGUGCAGAAACAUAGACACACGUCUUGGAUCUUGUCACUGCUUUAAUGAGUCUUGUCAGCUACUUCAAUACUAGCUAUUCCUAUAGUUCUGCAAGCUAUUGCAGUGUUCACUACAAAAUCCACACAUUAUGACUACAGACACCCGAAUAGCUCAGCGUCAAUAAAUAUACAACCAAGGAAACAUGCAUAUAAUACACAACUGCUCAAAAAGGCCAUAUUAAAUGACAGAUAUGUCAUCAUGCAGUACUACUAGUACAAGUUCCAGAAACUGCAAGGCGGGAACACACAACUUGUCAAGCUAUGCCUUUCAGCCUUAUAAUUGUGAGAUAUGUUAAAGUUAUCCAUCAACUCUUCAUCUGUCUAGUAAACUAGUGUACAAAGCAUAGACGUGAAAAAGGACUAUAAUGGUCAACUGUCUGUUAUUGGUAGACUUUGAGAGUUUUCAAAAGCAUGCUAUGUAAUAUUAUUGACACCCAGUAGCCUUUAAGCCGAAAAACUGGAACCAGUAACUCUGGACUGACUGUGCAACAUAGUGCCCAAGUGUUUUGAAGAAUUUUAUUAUGUGGCUUACUGUUUGUCUGCUGGAACAUGGAAACAUACCAAACAAAACUGUACAUAUUUAGCCACUGAUCUGCAAUUCAUUUGUUCAUGAUUUAUCCCAGUAAUACGUUCAACACCUAAAGAAUGUGGUAUUUUGCUAAAAUGCCUUGUUUAGUCAUAAAGGGUAAUACAUUUAAGAAAUCUUCUGGGUUAAAUAAAUCAUAAUACAUAAA